UCAAUAUAACACCACUACCACCUCACAUUGCUACCACAAGCUAAAGAGCUCAAUUCAUUAUCUUUAUCUUUUCUUUUUUUUUCACCGAAUUUCGAUAAUGGGUAGCUCGAGGGUUUUUUUCGUUCAAACCUUAGCAAUGGCGAUUGCGGUUAUCGCAUUGAUUGCUACUCCUCGUUUGGUAGACGCAAGAGCUUUUUUCGUGUUUGGUGACUCCUUGGUCGAUAAUGGAAACAACAAUUACCUUGUCACUUCUGCUCGUGCUGACUCCCCGCCUUAUGGAAUUGACUACCCCACACGUCGCGCCACAGGACGCUUCUCCAACGGUCUCAACAUCCCCGAUAUUCUCAGCGAGAAUAUGGGAGCCGAACCUACAUUGCCCUAUCUUAGUCCUCAACUGAACGGCGAAAACCUACUCGUUGGCGCCAACUUUGCUUCUGCGGGUGUAGGAAUCCUCAACGACACUGGAAUUCAAUUUGUUAACAUAAUUCGAAUUUUCAAGCAACUCCAAUACUUUGAGCAAUAUCAAAACCGAGUGACUCAACUCAUUGGCCCGGAAGAAACUCAACGACUUGUAAAUGAAGCGUUGGUCUUGAUUACAUUGGGGGGUAACGAUUUCGUUAACAAUUACUACUUGGUCCCUUACUCCGCUAGAUCUCGCCAGUUCGCUUUGCCAGAUUAUGUAAAUUACCUCAUCUCGGAGUAUCGCAAAGUUUUGAUGAGGCUGUAUGAGUUGGGAUCUAGGAGGGUUUUGGUGACGGGCACAGGACCAAUAGGAUGCGUGCCGGCUGAGCUAGCACAGAGGAGCCGAGACGGCAACUGCGUGCCGGAGAUUACGAGAGCGGCAAACCUCUUCAACCCUCAGCUUCGGGACUUGCUAAGCCAGAUCAACGGGGAGAUUGGUGCCGACAUUUUUAUCUAUUCUGAUGCCUUUCAAAUGAACAUGAACUUCAUAACCGACCCUCAAGCUUAUGGGUUUGUGACGUCAAAGAUAGCAUGUUGUGGACAAGGGCCGUAUAAUGGGAUUGGGUUUUGUACGUUACUAUCGAAUUUGUGUCCAAACAGAGAUAUUUAUGCGUUUUGGGAUGCAUUCCAUCCGACCGAGAGGGCCAACAGGAUCAUAGUCCAAACCAUGAUGACUGGUUCUACAAAGUACAUGAAUCCUAUGAAUCUCAGCACUAUUCUCGCAUUGGAUGCCAACACUUGAGAAUCCUAUCACUCUCUUCCUCCUUCCAGCUCUUCUCAUCUCAUCUAUCAUUAUUUUCUUAAUUCUUAAUUAAUUAGUAUUGCAUUUAAUUAGGUUUUUUCAUCAUCAUUAUUAUUAUUAUUAUUUGGUCUGUUGGUGUGGUUUGGCUGAGGGAGAAUGAAUUUGAUAUUAUUAUUAUUGGACUUGAUCAGGGGAUUUUAUAUAUGAUAUCAUGAUGGAUAUAUAAAGUAUUUUCUAAGUCAGUGAGUGAGAAUUGCAUAAUAAUUGUAGCUAGCUACUGGUCUCAUUCACAUUUGAGACAACUUUUAAUUGCUUCA